GAAGCAAAUGAGGGGUCAGACUGGGAGAGAGAGAAGAGAGGAGAGAGAGGGGGAGAGGGGGGAGAUGAUCUGCUCGCACAAGUCUCUCUUUCACUUCCAAGACUAAUAGCGACUUCUCGUGGAAGCUUCGUCUCCGUGAUUUUCGUCUCCUUCCUCUGUAAUUCCUCUCUCCGUUGAGAUUAAAGUAUAAAUAUAUAGGUUUACAGACAGAAUGGAAUAAGCAGCAGCAGAAGAAGCAGUCUGAGGAAGGAAGAAGGAGAAGGUGAAAGAGGACGAAGACGAAGACGAAGCUCGAGUCUUCAUAUAUUAUUAUUAUAUUAAAAAAGAGAAAAAAAAAAUAAAAAAAAGUUCGGAGGGAGAUAGAGGAAGAGAGUUUUCGUGUACAAAAUCCCACGUUGGAUCCUUCUCUUCACGUAAUUGCCUUCUUCUUCUACCGAAUAAUCCUCAACAUCCACUAAUCCAAAGCUUUUGAUUUGGUUCUAAUUGCGCGUCUCUCCUCUGUAUAUUCCUUACUUCUCUAAUUCCGCUUUCUGGGGGUUUGCUGAUUCUGACGAUUUCGGGGUUUUUGGGGGGAUUUGAUUUCUUCUGUUUUUGUUUAUUUGGGCGUUUAAUGGUGGCUGAUUUGGGAAAUCCUUGGUGGGUUUGCUCCGAAAUUGGGUCUAUAGGAGGAUUCAAGUGCCAAGUUCAAUUCUUUCUGCUGAUUUCGGUGCUGGGUUGACGACAAUUCCGAGUUUGUGUGUCUAAUCCCCGGUGGGUUUCUCUGGGUUUCAUUAAAAAAAUUGAAGUUUCCAUCAAGGGCUAGGGUUUGUGGAUUCUAUUGCUGAGCUGCUUCAACUUCAGCUGACAGAAUUCCGGUGGAGGGCUUGAGAAAUUGAGGAUCUCCGCCGAAAUGAGUUCCAGCAUAACUGAAGGCUCAUUUUAUGAAGGCAAGCUUCUCAUUCACAUUGCUGAAAACGGUCGCUCCUUCGAGCUCGACUGCACCGGGUCGAUGCUAGUCGAUUCUGUUGUUCGGUUCGUUGAGUCGGUCUCAGGGAUCAAUUCCAAUGAACAACUCGUCCUCUGCGCGGAGACUAAGCUGGAGCCCCAGCGGCCGCUCUCGGCCUACAAACUCCCCUCCGAUGGUCGAGAAGUGUUCAUUUUUAACAAAGCUCGGCUCCAGACCAACUCUCCACCUCCGCCUCCAGAGGAAGUCUGUGUUCUCGAGAUCGCUGACCCACCUACCCCAUCUUCGUCAAGUCAUCCCCACCCAUUGGGUGACUCUCCUGACCCAGCAAUGAAGGCGCUGCCCUCCUAUGAGCAGCAAUUUAGGUACCAUUUCCAGUGCGGAAACUCGGUCUAUACUCGAACUUAUAAAGUCUACGAGAUGUGCGAACGGUUCCUGACAGAGAUUAAGGUUCAGGAGAGCGCAAUUGAGGUUGCUAGGACUAAUCUGGAGCAGUACUAUAAAGUGAUCAACCAAAAUUACACGGACUUCAUGAAGAGGUAUGUGCAGCAAAAGAGGGCCCACUCUGAUCUUUUAGUGAACUUCGAGCGGGACCUUGAGAGGUUGAGGUCCAUAAAGCUUCACCCCAAUUUACAGAAGGAUUCGAGAAAGUGCUUGCUGGAUUUUCUCAAGGAGGAGGAGCUGCGGAGGUUGGAAGAGAAUUGUAAAAGUUCUCAUCGGCAGUUUGAGAAUAAGGUUUUACAGUUUAAGCAGAUGUUUGGGGAUGUUAAGCGAAAGGUUGAGGACUUGUUCGGUGGUAAGGCAUCUCUGUCCGUUAGGAACUUGGAGAGGAUGGUUAAGGAGCACCAGCGUUAUAUAAAUGAGCAAAGGAGUAUAAUGCAGUCAUUGAGCAAAGAUGUCAACACGGUGAAGAAGCUUGUGGACGAUUGUGUAUCACCACAACAGCUGUCCUCUUCCCUCCGUCCCCAUGAUGCUGUCUCUGCCCUUGGACCUAUGUAUGAAGUCCAUGAUAAGAACCACCUCCCCAGGAUGAUCUCAUGUGACCGGUCAAUUCUUAAGCUGCUCGAGCUCUGCAGGGACAGAAAGAAUGAGAUGAGCUCAUUCCUCCACACUUAUAUUCAGAGAGUAACGUAUGCUUCUUAUGUCAUUAAAGACGUGAAGUUGCAGUUCCCCGUGUUCCGGGAGGCGAUGGUAAGACAAGAUGACCUGUUUAUGGACCUCAGGCUGGUCCGUGGGCUUGGGCCUGCAUACCGGGCUUGCCUAGCUGAAGUGGUCCGGAGGCGUUCCUCCAUGAAGCUCUAUAUGGGCAUGGCAGGGCAAUUGGCGGAGAGGCUUACUGCAAGGAGGGAGGUUGAGGUCAGGAGGCGUGAGGAGUUCCUGAAAGCCCAGGGAUCGUACUUGCCCCGAGAUGUUUUAGUAUCAAUGGGAUUGUCUGAUAUGCCAAGCCAAUGCGAUGUCAAUGUUGCUCCCUUUGAUGCUGACUUGCUUGAUAUUGAUGUCUCUGAUAUUGAUCGGUAUGCUCCCGAGUAUUUGGCGGGCUGGCCAAAGGAGUUUGCCCCAGAGGACAUGAGAGAUUCUACUUCUUCUUCAGUGGAUUUACUUGAUAUGAGUGAAUUGGUGGAUAUCGCAGGGACCACAAAAAAUGAAGUUGAGAAUACAAUGUUGAAGGCUGAGCUUGCGUCCAAGAUUGCCCAGAUCUGUUUGCUCCACAAUGAGCUAGAGUAUGAGACUAUGGACGAGAGUCAACGGGACAAAGCAUUGAAGGAUGUUACAGAGAGGACAGCCGAAGCUUUGCGUCUGAAAGAUGAAAAUGAGAAAAAGCUCCAGUUGAUGCUUAGGGAUAAGCAAAGGCAGUGUGAGUCCUAUGAGGAGAGGAUUAAGGAACUUGAGCAGACAUUGUUAGAGCAAAAGCUCUCAUCAAGCAAGGAUGCUACGAACUUGGAUGCUCCAGGAGGGGCAAAAGUUGAGGAUAACAGCCAGGAAGGCCCAGGGUUGGGCUUUUCUCGGGCAUCUGAGUCCAUGGAUGAGGUCUCAUGCAUUUCAAAUAACUUUGACACGAAGCUUGGGAUGCUUACAAGGGAACAACCAAGCAACAGACCUCGGGAGGGAGGAGAUGAGAAUAUGAUGGAUUCGUCCGGGAUUCUUCAGCAUCAUUUGGAUUCUUCUAUGAUUGAAACCCACCGUGAAGAGAUGGCUCACGGGGUUGAUAAGGAAGAAGAGGAAGCACAGGGAGUUCAUAAGGACGGGAAGGAAGAAAAAUCGGGAGUAUUGGGCAUGUCUUUAGGAAACAGCUCUACUGCUGAGACAUGUUUGGCUGUUAAAGGUAGUGAUGAUCUCGUGACAGAAUUGCGCAUCCUUCUGGUUGAAAGGUCGAAUGAGUUAUCAGAAAUUGAGACCAAACUGAAGGCUGCUAUGGAGGAAAAUGCCAUGCUUAGCAGGGAACUGGAAGCUAGACAGAAGCUCCUUGAUGAGUCUCAGAUGAACUGUGCACACCUUGAGAACUGCUUGCAUGAGGCAAGAGAGGAAGCCCAAACCCAUCUUUGUGCGGCUGAACGGAGGGCCUCGGAAUACAGUGCACUUCGAGCAUCUGCUGUGAAGAUGCGUGGUCUCUUCGAAAGGCUCCGUGCCUGUGUGUAUGGUCCCGGCAGUGUGGCGGGCUUUCCUGACUCACUGCGUGCCCUAGCUCAAUCCCUGACCAAUUCCUUGAAUGAGAAUGAAGAUGAUGGCAUGGCCGAGUUCAGGAAGUGCAUGGGAGUCCUUGCCGAAAGAGUCAGCUUCUUAUCAAAGCACCGCUUAGAGUUGCUUGAUAACGUCCCAAAACUUGAGGCUGCAAAUGAGAAGCUGAGGAAGGAGUUCGAGGAGAAGGAGGAGCUAAUUAAGACAAUGUAUAAAAAGCUUCAACUGGAGAAGCAGGCAAACAAGGAGAAGAUAUCGUUUGGUCGCCUUGAAGUCCACGAGAGAGCUGCCUUUAUUCUCAACUCAAACGGCCACUACGAGGCCAUAUCUCGGAACUGCCCGAACUAUUACCUUUCCUCCGAGUCCGUGGCCCUAUUUGCCGAUCGCCGCCCGGCUCGGCCCGCGUAUAUCGUGGGCCAGAUAGUUCACAUUGAGCGCCAGGUUGCCAAGCCCAUGGGUCUGCCAUCGAACCCAUACUGGGCUGACCCCAGUAAGGUCGAACUAACUGAAAGCACAUCUGCUGAGCAAGGAACCGACUCGUCUGGAUCAUGUUCUGGUUCGACUCCCUACGGGCUUCCUGUGGGCUGCGAGUUCUUCAUAGUAACUGUAGCAAUGCUACCCGACCCUGCUAUUCAUUCCCUGCCUGCUUCCUGAUCCCAUCGCUGCUUUUGUGGGGCAGAUGUAGAGACAUGAUGGAAGAACAAUUAAGUGUACAUAUGGAAAGAGAAGGGAAGAUAUGAUGGAAAGUGCAGGCGAGAUAUUUCCACGCAGUGGGAGUUGAACUCAAGUUAUUUCUAAUGUAUAGGUGAUGACUUAAUUUGAAUUUGCUCCCUGCACUUUGUAAAUAAAAUCAAACUCUUCACUGACUCCCACGAACUGUUAAUAUGACCCCAAACCUUAACCUUUUACUGUUCA